UGUCACGGAGGGGGAGUUUGAUUUGGGACGGGUCUGUGCGCCGGACGCCUGGACGGACACUCACUGCAACUGAAUGAUAGUUAAAUCUCCUCUUUUAAAUCGGGAUUUUGUGGUUAAUAAUCACCGAACUGUGUAACUCCAGUACUUCAGGUCCCCAGAGAGAAAAGUUCAGGCUGCUUUUUGGUUCUGAACCAUGGAAGCCCAGAGGAAGCGGACAGCUUAUCGCCACUAGACCCCGUGGAGGAAAAGAAUGGACCGAGUGAAAACUGACCCGACCGAGGUGGACUGAUCCCCGCCAUGUCGCCCUCCUCUCCCUGCCAGGAGGGCUACAAGCCGGCGCCGGCGGCCCCCGCGCCGCCCGUCCCGCCGCGCAGGGUCCGGAGCAGGGACGAGGGCUCCGGAGGGAGGACGCGGCGGGCGGCCGCUCCGGAGAGGCGGGUGAAGUGUGUGCUGGUUGGGGACGGAGCGGUGGGGAAAACCAGCCUGGUGGUCAGCUACACCACCAACGGAUACCCCACCGAGUACGUCCCGACGGCGUUUGACAACUUCUCAGCCGUGGUGUCAGUGGACGGACAGCCGGUGAAACUGCAGCUGUGUGACACAGCAGGACAGGAUGAGUUUGACAGGCUCCGUCCGCUGUGCUACACCAGUGCAGACGUCUUCAUGCUGUGCUUCAGCGUCGUCAGUCCCGCCUCCUUCCAGAAUGUUCCAGAAAAAUGGGUCCCAGAGAUCCAUAAACAUGCCCCCUUCGCUCCCCUCGUCCUGGUGGGGACACAGUGUGACCUCAGAGAAGACGUCAAGGUGCUCAUCGACCUGGCGAAGUACCGGGAGCGGCCCGUGGACCCUUCGGAUGCCCGGGACUGUGCCAUGGAGAUCGGAGCCGUGGCCUACAUGGAGUGCUCCUCUCUGACCCAGAAGAACCUAAAGGAGGUGUUCGACACGGCCAUCCUGGCCAGCCUGCAGAAAUACGGCUCACGGAAACGCUCGAGAGGCAAACAGAAGCACCGAAAAAAGGCGAGGCAGACCCCGGACAAGAUGAAGAGUCUGUCUAAGUCCUGGUGGAAACGGUACUGCUGCGUGGCGUAGAGCAGACCUGGGACUGGAUCCGGCUCUGAUUCUGGGCUGGAGUUUUAAAGAAAACUAUAUAAAACCCUGACUGGAACGUGGAAUAUUGUGGAUGAGAUUUACUACUGAGCUUUGAGUCGCCUGGAGGAUUCUCUGGUGUUUAUUCACUUAGACUGGUUAAACACCAGUUCUGUUCUGGGACCAGUAAAAGAUGUGACAGAGUCAUAUCCAGGUUUCAUUUCUCUGGAUUUCUGGUCCAAAAAUACCAAGGAAAAAAUAAACAAACAGACAAAACAACCUGCCUUUUUAUGCAUCCCAGAGGAAAACUGGAAUCUUUGUUGGAUGUAAUUAUUAUAAACGAUGAUCUAAGCCAAACAAAACACUGUCAGCUGACUGUAAAUUGUUCCCAAUUCUGGACUGGUUUAAAAUAAGAUCAGAAAGAGCUGCUGAGAGAAAGAGAGUCGCUCUCAGACCAGACUUUGUCACGGAGGAUUUUACGACCCAGACAAGAUCGCCAGACUCACAUGAAGUCAAAACAAGUCCGUCCUGACUUUAAUCCAGAGCCAUUGUUACUCUGAUGAGAGGACUCGUUGAGCAACCACAUCCUGAUUUUACACGUUCAGUUUUGAUUAUGAAUCAGCUUUUUGUUUGGUCGUAAACAGAACAAUUUGUACCAAAUUCAGGCUUUAUUUUUUUAUGCAAGCGCUCAAAUCAUAUCUAAUCUUGAUACGAACUCAUGCACAUUUUUGUCCUAUCAGAAGACACAAACUGUUCCCGCUUUGAUCAAAACUGAGAUUUCCAAACAACCCCACAUUCUUUAUGUCUUUUUUUUUCUGUAGCAGCAAACAAACUAUUUCAUGUCUCUACGUUGGAAGGUAAUUUAUCAUCUUUUCCUCUGAAACUCAUCAGGACUGACAGUGAAAACAGAGCGAUGCCGGUUCAGGUUGGUUAGCUGUGAAAACGGGAUCAUUUCUUCUACACGUGUUUGACUUGUAACUUAAACAAAGUGGUUUCAAACAUUUCCACUGCUAUAUGUGAUUUAUCCUUUCAGACUUGACUGUGAGCGUUUGCUGAAUCAGAUCCUCCAUGGUUAAAUCUAAAAUUAGCUAUAAUUAAUUCAUAAUGCAUUUGGCUAUCUUUGUUUCUUAAGAAAAAUCUAUUUUCUCUGUUAUAUUACUGGAUUUUAUUGUUAGUUACUGACACUCUGUCUAUAACGCAUAAAUAAUCUAUAAACCUGG